GGGACACACCUGGGGACACUGGUGACGUCACAGACACACCUGGGGCCAUUGGGGACACACCUGGGGACACUGGUGACGUCACAGACACACCUGGGGACAUUGGGGACGUCACUGACACACCUGGUGACGUCACUGACACACCUGGGGACACACCUGGGGACACACCCGGGCAUGGGGACACACCUGGUGACGUCACAGACACACCUGGGGACAUUGGGGACACACCUGGGGACAUUGGUGAUGUCACAAACACACCUGGUGACGUCACUGACACACCUGGGGACAUUGGUGACGUCACAGACACACCUGGGGACGUCACUGACAUGCUUGAUGAUGUCACAGACACACCUGGGGACGUCACAGACACACCUGGUGACGUCACAGACACACCUGGUGACGUCACGGAUACAUCUGAUGACGUCACAGACACACCUGGGGACACACCUGGGCAUGGGGACACACCUGAUGACGUCACAGACACACCUGAUGACGUCACGGAUACACCUGGUGACGUCACAGACACACCUGGGGACAUUGGGGACGUCACAGACACACCCGAUGACAUCACUGACACACCUGGGGACAUUUCAGGGGAUUUUGGGGACAUUUCCGGGGUUUUUGGGGACAUCUCGAGAUGUUUUGGGGACAUUUGGGGGAUUUUUGGGGACAUUUCCGGGGUUUUUGGGGACAUCUCGAGAUGUUUUGGGGACAUUUCUUGGGAUUUUUUUGGGGAAAUUUCUUGGUUUUUUGGGGACAUUUUUGGGGAUUUUUUUGGGGACAUUUCGGGGCAUUUUGGGGACGUUUUCGGGGUCGCCUCGCGGCGUUUCCUCGGGGACCCCCUGCCCGUUUUUGGGGACCUCCCGGGGGACUUGGGGCUCCUCCUCGGGGACCCCUUUGGGGACGAUUUUGGGGACAUUUGGGACAGUUUUGGGGACAUUUGGGACAUCAGGGACCCCCCCGGGGACAUUUGGGGGAUCUGGGACCCCUCUGGGGACAUCGGGGACACUUUUGGGGACAUCGGGGACACUUCUGGGGACACUUUUGGGGACAUUUGGGGACACCCCCCCAGCAGGGUGCCACCCAAGGGGUCCCUGGGGGUGUCCCCAAGGGGGUCCCCAGCCCCUGGUGGCCUCGGGGACAUCUCUGGUGGCCCUGGGGUCAUCUCUGGUGGCCCUGGGGACAUCUCUGAUGGCCUUGGUGACCCUUUUGGUGGCCCUGGGGUCAUCUCUGGUGACCUCGGGGACAUCUCUGGUGGCCUUGGGGACAUCUCUGCUGGUCUUGGUGACCCUUUUGGUGGCCCUGGGGACAUCUCAGAUGGCCUUGGUGACCCCUCUGGUAGCCUUGGGGACAUCUCUGGUGGCCCUGGGGACAUCUCUGGUGGCCUCGGGGACAUCUCUGGUGGCCCUAGUGACCCUUUUGGUGGCCCUGCUGACCCCUCUGAUGGCCUUGGUGACCCUUUUGGUGGCCCUGGGGACAUCUCUGGUGGCCUUGGGGACAUG